AAUUAUUGAAAGAGAGAAUGAGGAUUAUGUCCUCACAGUAUUUGCUUUAAGUCAAUCGGUGGAAAUCGACAAGAGUGACGAUGAUGACGAUCUUCUCUCGUAGUAGUAUUUGCCUAUAUUUUACUCGUAGGAAGCUCUGAAUCCGUUACAUACUUAUAGUUAGUUGACUUAUCCAUUUUCCCCUUCAUGGUAGAUAUCAGAGUAAAGAAGGGACAUAAAUAUAUUGACAAUUAUACCCCCUCGAGUCUUGGUUUACAAAGGAAGAGAGGUGCAUGGAUACGAUACAUACAGAAGCUGGAUGCUCGGGUGGUGCAGAAGCAGUGCUACGCCUUCAACCGAAUUCCUCAAUCUCUAUUACUUACGACUCUCAAUUCGGGCCCCACAAUGACAUCAUGCUUCUUGAAAUCGACGAAAAGCUCCUCCCUGAAAUCCUUCACCAAAGAGUGACUUUAAGAGGACAGCCCGACGAAGAUGCAGUUCUUUGCACUACUUCCAAGACGUAUGCUGUUAAAUUUGUCGGUACAUCAAACUCCGUAUUACUCAUACCUCCCUCAGACAAAGUCUCGGAACUGUGUAAUAACAAAGAUGAAAAAAAUACAGUGGUUGCAUCUGUCAUCAAAGUUGCACCAGGUUGCAUGGAACUCGUUGAGGUGGCACCUAAAUUAGAUAAACUCAAACUGCUUCUAUCUCAAAACCCAUACACUUUUGGCGAAGCCUCGAAGAUGGACAUUCUGGAAGAGUGUGAAAAGACGGAUUUAGGUCUGUACAGAUUGGAGGAUCUUCUCGACAGGUGUCAGGCAAGUGAAGACGAACUGAAGCGGGGUCUACAAUCCCUUUCGGCGAUAGAAAUCGAUGGGUACUGGCGAAUUCUGGACGACGAAUAUAAAUACGCGAUUCUGAACAUGCUCUUGCACAACGCUGUGUUGAACGAUUGGUCGAUUGAUGAGCUGGACGAAGAUGAGGUUGUGAAUGUUCUAGUAGCGGACGAAUUUCCGGCGAAUGUAGCAAGGCAUUGCUUGCGGGCCCAUAGUGAGGCGGUGGAUGUCGGGGGGAAGUGUAGGUGGAAGUUGGAUGAGAGGGGCGUUUGCGUAAAAUUGGCGAGGGGGAUCUUGAAAGAAGGUAAGAUGAAACUCGAGAUCUUUAUGGAGGAGUGGGGGCGGAAGGUUCCGGAAGGUAUGAGGGCUAGUUUGGACUUUUUGGAAGGUGAAGUUUUGAUGGAGAAGAUUGGAAUGGAGACUAGGGUUUACUCGUUUAGUGUGUCGGAUCUCCCGUCGAGUCCUGUCGAGCGGUUUGCUGUGCUAUUUAACGAGAGGGCGAAGUGGGAAUGGAAGGAUCUAGAACCUUAUGUCAAGGAUUUGAGAGUGCCGGGACUUUCUGCAGAAGGUUUGCUGCUGAAAUAUACGAGAAGAACUCAGCCGACUAUGGAGGCAGAGCCGGUUUUCAGUGCAAGAUAGCACACUAUGGAGGCAGAGCCUGUUUCCCGUGCAAGAUAGCACACACCAUUCAUUGCAUGGUUGCUUAGCUUGUAUCGUAUAAUUGGGAUUUUUUGUGACUUUGAUGUCAUGUUCAAUUUAAUCGUAUAUUAGUUUGUGAUUUAAUGUCGAUUGUAAACCGAUUAAUUUAAAUCGAACCAUUAAUUUCAACCAAUCUAUGUACAGUUGGGUUGGUUGGUUGAUCUAUCGAUCAUACCGACCAUCAUUUUUGAAUUCCCAAACUGAUUGUAAGACGGUCAAAAUUACGUUCGAAGUAAACUUAUUGUGGGUUA